UAAUAUCAUACCAAUUCACCCAAACAAAAUUUCCCAAAAAUAUACAAGUACUAGUAAUUUAGUAUAUAUGGUCCAAACUCAUUACGAGACAAUAUUAACACACAUCACAUAUUUUUUAUUUCUUUUGGUAACAAUUACCCAAAACUCGUGGUCAUAAACAAGCUAACUACGUAGCACAAUAUUCCACUCGUAACAUAAUUAGCGCCGCCACAAACUCCGCCUUACUCCGCUCUAUAACACGCCGUCAGCCACCUCUUAGGGGAGGGAAUCAUUCCCUUUAACUCUUUAUUUCUUCUUUCCUUUGUUUUACGUAAUGGAAUUGGUUUCCCAUUCCCUUUGAUUGUCUUUUCUUUGUUUGUUUGCUUGUUUGGUUCAUAAAGUUAGAGAAAUCUAGAAAAAGAGAGAAUUUUUCAUUUUUAGAAAGAAAGAAGAAAAUGGUGGCAAUGGCUUCUAUGCAAAUGAUGAAACCUACUAUUUCUUCUUUCCCGAGUUCAUCAAGGUUUGAAUUGGAUUCCGAAGUUCAGAGGAAAGGAAUUAUCCGGUUGAAAAGAAGGGGAUUUGCUGCUAGGAAUUUGGUGAACAGGGUUUUUUCUAAAUUACAAGAUGGUGAUGAUCGUCCUAGCAACAGUAGCAACAACGAACCUCCUGAAUCUUUGUUUAUGAAGGAGCUACGAAGACGAGGCAUUACACCCACAUCACUGCUUGAGGAGAGCAAUAGGAGCAAAAUUGAGGAAGAGAUAACAGAAGAUGGAUCUGACAGGUUGUAUUCAAAGAGAAAUGCAGUUGCGACUGAUUCAGACAAAAGCUUGACUAAUCAAAGAGAGCAAUCAAUGGCACUGAACAGUGAAGGCCUUGAGGGCUUAAUUCCCCGUGCUAAACUUUUAUUGACACUUGGUGGAACAUUCUUCUUGGCAUUUUGGCCUCUAAUAAUUUUGACAGUUGGUUCUUUUGCUGCUCUCUAUCUGUACUUUGGGCCAACUUUCGUUCAUGAUGGGACUGAUACUACAGCUUCUCUCCCUCAAUAUAUUGAUCCAUACGAACUUCUGCAAGAAGAUAGAAUCAUUCAAUAGGUUUUCAUUGUUGAUCAAAAUGGUGGCAUUCAUCUGCAAAUACCAAAACUUGAUGGCAGGUUAUUAGUAGGGUUCCUCAUCUUCAAGCUCAUUUUGCAAGCAAAAGAAUUGUAACUCAUGUCCAUCCUUUUCCUGCCUUGUAUGUAACUGUUUAUACAUAUUAGUGUAUGUAUGUAUGUAUGAAUGUAUUAUGCCAAAAUAUAAGAAGAAUUAUAUUGGUAAAUGGAAUGCUCAAAAUUGAUUAAUCUC